AUGGUCAUAGCCCAGGACUGGCCUUCGAAGGAGACCAAGGCUGAAAAGAUCUGGAGGUGGUCCUGCAGGGCCAGCAAGGGAGAGUUGAGGAAACGGAGGGCAACGGCCGCCCAUCACGUACCCGGCCGCACCCUCGACAGAGACAGGAGCCUCCUCAGUACCCGUCGGAUCUCUUCUUCGGCGCACUCUUCGGCGGCCUUCAGUGCCUUCAGUUCCAUGCCCUUACCGCGCCUUGGCACGGAGGCUGAGUGA